CCCUCUAUAAAAACCAAGCACUAGUGGUUUGUGACUCUAAAGUUUCCUCAGCCGAGGAGUGUUCAUCAACUCUCGCUGUACCUGGAAAUUAUCAAGCAGACACUAUGGGUGAUGCUAUGAUGGCACAGUUCGGAAAGGCUGCUCCCUUCCUGAGGAAGUCGGAUAAAGAGCGUCUCGAAGCUCAGACAAGAGCCUUUGACAUCAAGACCGAAUGCUUUGUUGUGGAUGAAAAGGUGGAGUUUAUGAAGGGGAAAAUUGUCAGCAAGGAAGGAGGGAAGGCUACCGUUAACACUGAGGAUGGGAGAACAGUGACCGUCAAGGAUGGAGACGUCCAUCCCCAGAACCCGCCUAAAUUCGAUAAAAUCGAAGACAUGGCGAUGCUCACUUUCCUUCACGAGCCUGCAGUGCUGUUCAACCUCAAAGAGCGUUAUGCAGCCUGGAUGAUCUACACCUACUCGGGGCUGUUCUGUGUCACGGUCAACCCUUACAAGUGGUUACCUGUGUACGACUCAGAAGUAGUCUCUGCCUACAGAGGUAAGAAAAGAACAGAGGCCCCACCUCACAUCUUUUCUAUCUCAGAUAAUGCUUAUCAAUACAUGUUAACCGAUCGGGAGAACCAGUCGGUCCUCAUCACUGGAGAAUCCGGUGCUGGGAAGACCGUCAACACCAAGAGGGUCAUCCAGUAUUUUGCAAGCAUUGCUGCCGCUGGUGGAGCGACUGGAAAGAAAGACUCUAGCAAGGGAACCCUGGAAGAUCAGAUUAUUCAGGCUAAUCCUGCACUGGAGGCUUUUGGCAAUGCUAAAACACUCAGAAAUGACAACUCUUCUCGCUUUGGGAAAUUCAUCCGCAUUCAUUUUGGGACAAGCGGCAAACUCGCUUCGGCUGACGUCGAAACAUACCUGCUGGAGAAGUCUCGGGUGACCUUUCAGCUGAAGUCUGAGAGGAACUACCAUAUCUUCUUCCAAAUACUGUCCAAUGAAAAGCCUGAAUUGCUGGACAUGCUGUUGAUAACUAAUAAUCCAUAUGACUACUCUUACAUCUCCCAAGGAGAAGUAACCGUCGCAUCCAUCAAUGACAACGAGGAGCUGAUUGCUACUGACCAGGCAUUUGAUGUUCUUGGCUUCACAUCUGAAGAAAAGAUGGGAGUCUACAAGCUGACAGGUGCUAUCAUGCACUAUGGCAAUCUGAAAUUCAAGCAGAAACAGCGUGAAGAGCAGGCAGAGCCUGACGGUACUGAAGAUGCAGAUAAGGCAGCUUAUCUAAUGGGGCUGAACUCUGCUGACCUUCUCAAAGGACUCUGCCAUCCGAGGGUCAAGGUGGGCAAUGAGUAUGUUACUAAAGGACAGAGCGUGGACCAAGUGUAUUACUCUGUUGGUGCACUGGCAAAGUCAGUGUAUGAGAAAAUGUUCAACUGGAUGGUGGUAAGAAUUAACCAUUCCCUUGACACCAAGCAACAUCGCCAGCAUUUCAUUGGUGUGCUAGACAUAGCAGGCUUUGAGAUCUUUGAUUUCAACACAUUUGAACAACUCUGCAUCAAUUUUACAAAUGAAAAGCUGCAACAGUUUUUCAAUCAUCACAUGUUUGUCCUGGAACAAGAGGAAUAUAAAAAAGAGGGAAUUGAUUGGGAGUUUAUUGACUUUGGGAUGGAUCUGCAAGCUUGCAUCGAAUUGAUUGAGAAACCCCUAGGGAUCAUGUCCAUUCUGGAGGAAGAGUGUAUGUUUCCAAAGGCCAGCGAUCAGACUUUCAAAGCAAAGCUGUAUGACAACCACCUGGGCAAGACAAACAUUUUCCAGAAGCCACGAGUUGUGAAGGGAAAGGCAGAGGCACACUUUGCCUUAGCCCAUUAUGCAGGUACUGUUGACUAUAAUAUUAGCGGCUGGCUGGUGAAAAACAGAGACCCAUUAAAUGAAACAGUAGUCGGGCUCUAUCAGAAGUCUUCUUUGAAGUUGUUGAGUCUUCUAUUCUCAAGUUAUGCAGGAGAUGCAUCUGAAAAGUCAGGUGGGAAAGGGGCCAAGAAGAAGGGGUCAUCUUUUCAGACAGUGUCUGCCCUGCACAGAGAAAACCUCAACAAAUUAAUGACCAAUCUGAAAACCACACACCCACACUUUGUUCGCUGUUUGAUUCCAAAUGAGAGCAAGAUUCCUGGAAUCAUGGACAACUGCCUGGUCAUGCACCAGCUUCGCUGCAAUGGUGUACUAGAGGGUAUUAGGAUUUGCAGAAAAGGAUUCCCAAACAGAAUCCUCUAUGGGGAUUUCAAACAGAGGUACAGAAUCCUAAAUGCAUCUGCCAUCCCAGAAGGACAGUUCCUUGAGAACAAGAAGAGUGCCGAGAAGCUAUUGGGGUCACUAGACAUUGACCACACCCAAUACAAAUUUGGCAACACAAAAGUCUUUUUUAAAGCUGGCCUGCUCGGUACGUUAGAGGAGAUGCGAGAUGACCAACUCGCUCGUAUCCUCACUGGGAUCCAAGCUUACACUCGUGGAUUACUGAUGAGAAUCGAGUACCAGAAACUGGUGGAGCGCAGAGAUGCCCUCAUGGUCAUUCAGUGGAACCUUCGGUCCUUCCUCGGUGUGAAAAACUGGCCGUGGAUGAAAUUAUUCUUUAAGAUAAAACCCUUGCUGAAGAGUGCUGAGUCUGAAAAGGAGAUGGCAAACAUGAAAGACGAAUUCAAUAAGUUAAAGGAAGCUUUGGAGAAAUCUGAGGCCAGGAGGAAAGAGUUAGAAGAGAAAAUGGUCAGUCUGCUUCAAGAGAAGAAUGAUGUGUUCCUUCAGCUGCAAUCUGAGCAAGACACCCUAACUGACGCUGAGGAACGAUGUGAACAGCUCAUAAAAAGCAAGAUCCAACUAGAAGCCAAAGUCAAAGAGCUGUCAGAACGUAUAGAUGACGAGGAAGAGAUAAAUGCAGACCUCACAGCUAAGAAACGCAAGUUGGAGGAUGAAUGUUCAGAGCUCAAGAGAGAUAUAGAUGACCUGGAGCUGACACUGGCCAAGGUGGAAAAGGAAAAACAUGCCACUGAGAACAAAGUAAAGAAUCUGACUGAGGAAAUGGCAUCCCUUGAUGAAAACAUAAUGAAACUCACCAAAGAGAAAAAAGCUCUACAAGAGGCUCACCAGCAAACACUGGAUGACCUUCAAAGUGAGGAGGACAAAGUCAAUGCAUUGACAAAAGCUAAAGUUAAGCUUGAACAACAGGUGGAUGACCUUGAGGGCUCAUUGGAACAGGAAAAAAAAGUUAGGAUGGACUUGGAGCGCAGCAAGAGAAAACUGGAAGGAGAUGUAAAACUGACUCAGGAGAAUGUUAUGGAUUUGGAGAAUGACAAACAGCAGCUAGAGGAAAAACUUAAAAAGAAAGACUUUGAAAUGAAUCAGCUGAAUGGAAAGAUUGAAGAUGAGCAAACGGCUUCAGUGCAGUUGCAGAAAAAAUUAAAAGAAAAUCAAGCUCGAAUCGAAGAACUGGAGGAGGAGCUGGAUGCGGAACGUGCGGCUCGUGCAAAGGUGGAGAAACAGCGAUCUGAUAUUUCCCGAGAACUGGAAGACAUCAGCGAGCGCCUGGAGGAGGCAGGUGGGGCAACAUCUGUUCAGGUAGAACUCAGUAAAAAAAGGGAGGCUGAGUUUCAGAGGUUACGGCGGGACCUCGAGGAAUCCACCCUUCAGCAUGAGACCACUACCGCCUCUCUUCGGAAGAAGCAUGCAGACAGUGUUGCUGAACUAGGGGAACAGAUUGACAAUUUGCAAAGGGUAAAACAAAAGUUAGAGAAAGACAAAGUUGAAUUGAAGCUGGAAUUGGAUGACCUUUCCUCAAACAUGGAGAGCGUUGUAAAGGCCAAGGUAAAUCUUGAAAAGAUGUGCCGUUCACUGGAAGAUCAGAUGAAUGAGCAUAGGUCGAAAUCUGAAGAAGCCCAGAGAGCUCUUAAUGAUUUGUCUACCCAGAAAGCCAAGCUGCUGACUGAAAAUGGGGAACUUGGACGACAAAUGGAGGAGAAGGAAUGUCUGAUUUCCCAACUCACUAGAGGAAAGACUUCCUACACACAGCAACUUGAAGAUCUGAGGAGGCAACUUGAGGAAGAGGUGAAAGCAAAAAAUGCUCUUGCUCACGCUGUACAGUCAGCCCGUCAUGAUUGUGACUUACUCAGGGAGCAAUUCGAAGAGGAGCAAGAAGCAAAAGCUGAGCUCCAACGAGCCUUAUCAAAGGCCAAUACAGAGGUAGCAACAUGGAGGGCGAGGUAUGAGACUGACGGGAUUCAGAAGACCGAGGAACUGGAGGAAGCCAAAAAGAAACUUGUUCAAAAAUUGCAAGAAGCAGAGGACGCAGUGGAAGCAGUGAAUGCGAAGUGUUCUUCUCUUGAGAAAACAAAACAUAGGCUACAAAACGAGAUUGAAGAUCUGAUGCUAGACCUCGAACGGUCAAAUGCAGCGUCUGCCGCCCUGGACAAAAAACAGAGAUCAUUCGACAAAGUCAUUGCAGAGUGUAAACAAAAGUAUGAAGAGUCACAAUGUGAGCUCGAGGGAGCGCAAAAGGAAGCUCGCAGCUUAAGUACCGAGCUCUUUAAGCUGAAGAAUUCCUAUGAAGAAACUCUAGAUCACCUUGAGACCAUCAAGAGGGAAAACAAGAAUCUACAGGAGGAAAUCUCUGACUUGACGGAUCAAGUGGGGGAAGGACGAAAGAGUGUUCAUGAGUUGGAAAAACUGAGGAAACAGUUAGAACAGGAGAAAGCCGAGUUGCAGUCCGCACUAGAAGAAGCUGAUGCUUCAGUUGAGCACGAGGAGGGUAAGAUCCUACGAGCUCAGCUGGAGUUCAACCAGAUGAAGGCAGAUGUUGAGCGUAAGAUGGCUGAGAAGGAUGAGGAAAUGGAACAAGCUAAAAGAAACUACCAACGCAUGGUUGAGUCCUUGCAGGCUUCUCUUGAGGCAGAGACGAGAAGCCGUAAUGAAGCCUUGAGAGUAAAAAAGAAGAUGGAGGGAGACCUUAAUGAAAUGGAAAUUCAAUUAAGCCAGGCCAACAGACAGGCAUCUGAUGCCCAGAAGCAGCUGAAGAUGAUCCAAUCUUGCCUAAAAGACACUCAACUCCAGAUGGACGACACACUUCACAGUAAUGAUGAUCUCAAAGAAAACAUUGCCUUGUUUGAGCGGAGGAACAACCUGAUUCAAGCAGAACUAGAAGAGCUGAGAGCCGUGCUGGAACAGACAGAGAGGGUUCGCAAACUAGCAGAGCAAGAACUUACUGAAGCAACUGAGAGGAUGCAACUCUUGCACUCCCAAAACACUAGCCUCAUCAACCAAAAGAAGAAGCAAGAAUCAGAUCUUCUUCAGCUGCAAAAUGAAAUGGAGGAGCUGGUGCAAGAGAACCGCAAUGCAGAUGAAAAGGCGAAAAAAGCCAUCACUGAUGCCGCUAUGAUGGCUGAGGAGUUGAAGAAAGAGCAAGACACUAGUGCACACCUUGAAAGGAUGAAAAAGAACAUGGAACAGACCAUUAAGGACUUACAGCACCGUCUUGAUGAAGCCGAGCAAGUCGCUAUGAAAGGAGGGAAGAAGCAGCUACAGAAAAUGGAGGCACGUAUCCGUGACCUUGAGAAUGAGUUGGACGCGGAGCAAAAGCGAGGCUCUGAGGCCAUUAAAGGUGUGAGAAAGUAUGAUCGACGCAUUAAGGAGCUGACUUAUCAGACAGACGAGGAUCGCAAAAACUUGGCAAGGCUGCAGGACUUGGUGGACAAGCUACAACUGAAAGUAAAAUCCUACAAACGGUCUGCUGAGGAAGCCGAGGAACAGGCAAAUGCCAACUUGGCUAAAUUACGCAAACUGCAGCACGAGCUAGAAGAGGCAGAAGAGCGCGCAGACAUCGCAGAAUCUCAAGUAAACAAACUGCGUGCUAAAACAAGAGAUGGAGUACCUGGGAAGAAAUCCCUGGAUGAGUAAUGUUCAGUCU